AUGCCCGAAGCAGUACCAGAUCAAUUCCAGGGAUUUGCCGUUGACAAGAAGGAAAACUGGAAUAGACCAAAAUUAACCUCGUAUGACAGAAAACCCAUCAAUGCUCACGAUGUCGUUUUGAAAAAUGAAACCUGUGGGUUGUGUUAUUCGGAUAUCCACACCGUGCAAGCCAACUGGUCGCCCAUUGCCAGGGAUAAUUUGGUUGUUGGCCAUGAAAUUGUCGGUAAGGUCAUUGCUGUGGGUGACAAGGUGACGGAAUUCAAGAUUGGCGACCGUGUUGGAAUCGGUGCUGCAUCAUCCUCCUGUCGUGAAUGCAACAGAUGCAAGAGCGACAACGAGCAGUAUUGCAAGACCCAGGCGGCUACUUACAACUCCAAGGACGUUCGAUCAGAUGGCUAUGUGACGCAAGGUGGCUACUCGUCUCAUUCCAUCGCUGAUGAGCUUUUCUGCUUCAAGAUCCCCGAUGACUUGCCUUCGAAAUACGCCUCGCCAUUGAUGUGUGCCGGUAUCACUGUUUUCUCGCCUUUGAUUCGUAACUUGGGUGGAGCUGACGCCAAGGGUAAAAACGUGGGCAUUAUUGGUAUUGGUGGAUUGGGCCACUUGGCUUUGCAAUUUGCCAAUGCCAUGGGUGCCAAUGUCGUUGCAUUUUCCAGAUCGUCAUCGAAGAAGCAGCAGGCUUUGGAGUUGGGUGCGCAUGAAUUCAUUGCCACCGGUGAAGACAAGGACUGGGCCGAGAAAUACGACGAUUAUUUUGAUCUUAUUUUGAACUGUGCUAGUGGUGUCGACGGGUUGAAUUUGGAAGAGUACUUGUCGGUUUUGAAAGUUGACAAGAAGUUUGUUUCUGUUGGAUUGCCACCCGUUGAAGAAAAAUUCGAGGUUAGUCCUUUUACAUUCUUGAAACAAGGUGCUAGUUUUGGCUCUUCAUUAUUGGGCUCAAAGGCUGAAGUUCAACAAAUGUUGGACAUUGCUGCCAAGCACAACGUCAAGCCCAUGAUUGAAGAAAUUCCAAUCAGCGAGGAAAACUGUGCCAAGGCAUUGGACAGAUGUGAGGCCGGUGAUGUUAGGUAUAGAUUUGUCUUUACCGAUUUCGACAAGGCCUUCACAGCCUAG